GCCGUAUUUUGACUGUGUCUAAAUAGCCGGAAGAGAUUGUAGAGAAAUCAUUUGUUUUAUGCUAUCUCGUCGUUGAGGAAUUGAGUAUUGAAUUUGGACCUUGAAAUGGUUAGCGAUUUAACCUAAGCGGAUGGACGUCCGAGAUGUUUUGUCGUUUGCGGUAGACCUUACUGCUUACAUUAUAUAUUUAUUCAGUCACCAAGCCCCCAGUUAAAGCGGUCUUUGAAACCUCCUCCUCCACCAUCUCUUCAACUUGAAGCAGAUGCAAAACGACCUAAGGUCAGCGCUGAUCACAUAUCCGCGUUUUCUGACACUUCAUCCGAUGUUGGUGAUCUCGAAGAUUUUUCACGUCCUUUCAAUGCACCGGAUUCGUGGGAUUCGGAAACAAACAAUGGGCCUACUACUGUUGGAGCAAAUGAAGUGACUGAGACUACUGUCCGUCGACUUACCGUUCUUCUUGAAAAACGUGCUCUAAGCAACCAGGAAGCUCGAACUAAGUUCCCUGACCAACCUAAGCGUUUUAUGCAAUCAGAAUUGGAACUACAAGAAACACUAGAGGAGAUGCAAGUGCUUGCAGCCAAUCCAGAAUUAUACCCAAUCUUAGCAGAACAAACACGUCCCAUAUCACUAUUAUUAGGUUUAUUGGCUCAUGAAAAUACAGAUAUUAGUUUAUCUGUUAUUGAUCUGUUGCAUGAAUUACUUGAAUCUAGUUGUUUACAAGAAGCUGGAUUAGACAAAGUUAAUCAAUUUUUAGAAGUUUUGUUUUCUGGACAAUUGAUACAAUCACUUAUACAGAAUAUUUCACGUUUAGAUGAGACGAAGAAAGAUGAAGCUGACGGUGUGCAUAAAACACUUGGAAUUGUUGAAAGUUUACUAGAAAUUCGUCCAGAUAUGAAUGUGACAAUGGCAAAUCAAGGUUUAUUUGCAUGGCUUCUACGACGUUUACAAAAACGUCCAGUAUUUGACAAAAAUAAAUUAUACGUUAGUGAGCUAUUAUCAAUCUUAUUACAAAUGGAUGAAGCUAAUCGUCGUCAAUUAGGUGAAGUAGACGGUAUUGAUAUAUUGUUGCAACAAUUAUCUGUUUAUAAACGACAUGAUCCUGGAAGUCAAGAAGAAAUUGAAUUAAUGCUUAAUUUAUUCGAUUGUCUUUGUAGUUCACUAAUGUUGCCUGAGAAUAAAGAUAGAUUUUUAAAAGGUGAAGGUAUACAGCUAAUGAAUUUAAUGCUUCGUGAAAAACACAUGUCUCGCGACAGUGCUCUACGUGUUCUUGAUUAUACUUUAUGUCCUGUUUCACAAUUAAUGGAUCAAAAUACCAAUGAAUUACAAUCACAUCAAAAGUCUACUAUCAAUACAGUGGACCCUGAAGCUGUAGUUAUAGCUAACUGUUCGAAGUUCAUUGAAAUUUUAGGUUUACGAACUAUUUUCCCAUUAUUUAUGCAUUGUCCACGUGAACAUGCACUUCGAUCAACUUCGUCUGGAUCAAAAACCAAGGUGAAAGUUAUUAGUGGUCCUACUGCAGCUGAAAUGGAAGAACAUGUAAUUAAUAUUAUUUCCGCUUUGCUACGUCAUUCACCUCCGGAAACUUUCAAAUCCCGCGUUUUGGCUAAAUUUGUUGAGAAUGAUCAUGAAAAAGUGGAUCGACUAAUUGAAUUACAUUUGAAAUACUUAGAUAUUGUUAAAGCAACCAAUAGUAAAGUUGAAGCAAUGCGAAGGAACGAGAAAAAGUGGAUCGGUUAUACUCGGGAAGAAGUGGAAACAGAAUUAAUGCUCAAACGUCUAGAAGGUGGACUAUUGCCACUACAAGUUUUGGAUGUUAUAAUUCUCGAUGUUUGUGUUAACGGUGCACCAACGGUGAGCACUUAUUUUCCUUUCUAUAAUUUAUUUUAAAUUACUUAAAUAGUUCUAGUAGCAUGUAUUGUAUGCUUAAAAUAAUGCUAGAAAUCACUAAAAUAAAACUGAUUCCAUAUGCUUUCUCACUUUCAAUAGUUGUUUUUAAUUUGUUGAUCAAUCCACAAUGUGAAUUUUCUCCGAAUUAAUUAAUCUCUAUGAACAUUUUCUUCAUCUUAACAAUAAGAAUCAGACGUUAACUAGUGUGACCUACUUCAACUCAAUGCUCUCGAAAUCAUGUACUUAGUUGCCGCGACGAGGUCUUGUAUUCCACCUCACUGGGUUUUUGAUUAUCUAACUUUGAAGAAACCCAUAUUAAAAAAGAUAAGCGUCCAGUAGUUUUCCAUUUUCAGUGGUUGUUUAACUAAAUUCAGUUGGUAAUGUAAAAUGUCUUUAAAUCAAUAUUUGUUCGAUUAUUUUCCGAGUUUGUAUAUCUCUCACUAGCUAAUCUUAUAUCCGAGAAUGUAUUACAUAUUAACUUCGAAGCAAUAAACUUGUGACAGAGAGAAUAUCACAAUUCAGUCGUAAAGUUGUAUAAAUUUGUGUACUGGUGUAUCUAAUGAGUUUUAUUUAUUUAAACGCAUAAAUAUUGGUACAAAGGGGCACCGAAUACAUAUGCACCACACAAGUCACUUGACUUGUGUCUGGUAUGUGAUACUGCUCGGGUGCCCAGACCGAAGCAGUUGGUUUUAUUAGGAGUCCACUUCCCUACCCUAUCACUUAGAGGUCUAAUCCAUAAGGCAAUGGAGGAACGUCAUCAGGAGAUGCAGUCCCAUGGUAGCCAGUGACCAAUAAUUGGUUCCCAUUGUGAAAAUUAGAACAACACAUAUAAGCGAAUAAUUGUUUUCAAUUAGAUCGUCAUCAGGCUUUACUCUAAUAUACAUGAAUAUUUAUACGAAAAUGUCAAACCAAUCAAGGCAAUAUGGGUCAAUCAUCACAAUGAAAUAGAAUAAGUUACCACACAUUAUAGGUAAAAUUCAUGUUGAUAGUAGGAAGAUAGGUGUACUGAUAGUAGUAAGAAUAAUAAAAUAUGAUCACAAAAGUCUUAUCAAUAGUUAAACGUUGGAAAUAGAGGGUCAAACAUGGGUAGUCAUCACAAAACAUUAAAAUCAUUACGUAAUAAGAAGUAUGUAACAAAUUAGAUAGUGAAGAAUACAAACGGAAAGAGGCGGAGAACUACAAACAAAUACAGGAUGUGAAAAUAAGGUUAAUGAUAACACAAAUAGAAUAACAUAAGUAAAUGAUAAUAAAAAUUAGAAAAAUCGUGGCCAUGGAAGGGAUGGGGGGUUACGAAUUUCUUCUGUACACAUAAAUUGGGGUUAUAUGUACGAAUUCCCGCAUCCUACAUAUAGCUUAAUCCAUAGGAAUUCGUUAGUUACUCUAGUAGUACAUCAUUACUAUUCUCCAUAGAUAUUUACAGGUGCAUAUGCUACACAAAAUUGUGGUCCUUUCCAGCUUUUAGGAAAUUAGAUGAAUCUACUGUCGAGCAGUUAGUUCACAAUAGCAUCUUUAUAUGUGAGGUGGUAGUCGAUAGUAAACCCUGAACUUAGGUUUCUUACUAGUUGGUACUCGUUAUUAAACUCUACCUGUAAUCUUAAGGGGAAUGAUGCUCUAUGGAGCGGAUUCAAUUCCGUGUCACUCAGCUUCACAGUCUGAGACGUACUCAGGCUGUGAAUGACCUCUUGUAGUAUUUCGAUGUAUUUACGACUGAGUGGUCACUGAGUAUGACCAAUAUCAUCCAAGUCCUUAAUACUGAUCCAAUUCUAUCGGUCAUAUUUCAUUGUAGCCACCAGUCUGGGUAACUUAACAUCACGUGCAGUGUGUUGAGAUGAGUCGGUGGUUCAAGUUAGUUGAUAGGAAACCCUAGAUUUAGGUUCAAAGUGAUGAAUCAAUUGCAAAAUGCUCCCAUAUACUUAAGAAAUUAGAUUUGUUAAUUAAAAUCUUUUCAUCACAAGAGUGAGAGAGGUUGUAUUGCACAAAAAGUGCAUUUAAUAAAAUUAUACUAUCCUGAAGACCUUGACCGAUUUAUCAGUCAAUUAAAAAACAGUGUUUAAUUAUGAGGCAAUUAACAAUAAAAAGAAAUAGAAUUACAAUGAAGUAGUGGUUUUCAUAUGAAUAAUUAAUCCCUACGUGUUGAAUUACUCUUUAUAAAUAAAAGAAAAGAAGUUAACACAUUAGGAGUGAGUGUUAACUUCGUAAUCCUACAAGGUUUUCGUUACCUAAUAUCUAUCUAUCUAAACACAUAAACAUUGGUACAAGGAGGUACCGAAUACGUAUGCGCCACAUUUCGUCAUUCGAUAUGUAUGAAGGCUGGAAUACUGCCCGGACGCCCAAACCAAAGCAAGUGGCUUCCUUAUGGGCCCACUCUUCGAGCCUUUCACCUAGAGGUCUAAUUCACAAGGUAGUAGGGCAACAUUAGGAGAUACGAUCUCAUGGUAGUCAGUGGCGAACAAUAGGUUCACAUGCCAUUUGUUCCUCCUGGAUCCCAUGUACAUCAUUGGUUUGGAAUCAGGGCUUUCUAACUGCCCUAAGUAGAUCCUCCAUAUCCACUAGCCCGGUUAAAGCGCCGGACGUUCGCUUUUCGUCGUCUCAAUUUCGUAGACAACAUCCCCCCCCCGCUACGAGAAGACAGUUUUUGUCACCAAAUAACAUCAUAUGUCAUACAGUGAUGCGUUCCCGCUUUUUUGUUUACAAACUUCAAAAAGAUUAUGGUUUUAUGGAAUUAGAAGUUAUAAUGGAAGAUAACUAUCUAGCUAUAUUAACACUCUUGACUUUGCUUUGAGUCACAUCAACUACUUUAAUACACUCUCCUCAUUAACAGCAUAUAUUUCUUGUGAUUUGAAAUAUUACACAAAAAUCCAUAAAUUGUUAUUUUAAUUCUCGAUUGGUCUAUUCAAAGUUGUCAGUAGAGGGGUUAUACUUUUACCGUAUAUUGAAUUUAUAGUUUCCUUUUUAUUUAGGAAAGAAACUGGUCUUUUCUCCUAUAUUGAUGUAUAUAAUAAUUGUUGUAUUUAUUUUUCCUAUUUUUAAUCAUGCAAAAAAAUAGAUUUUGGAACGUGUACUUCAUCUAUUGAAAAUGCGAUCCAUCUCAAUAAACUCUGUACUUGAUACAGUUCAAGGUUUGUUUAUUUUGAGCUUUGUUUUUGUUUUUGUUGUUGUUGUUGUUGAAUUAAAGAAAAGAAACUUAGACAUUCCAUCUGCUCUCAUUAAAAGGGUCCUCAUCUAUUUAUUUAUUUAAACACAAACAUUGGUGCAAGGAGGCACUGAAUACAUAUGCGCCACACAGAUCUCAUUUGAUAUGUGUGAGGGCUGUGAUACUGCCCGGGUGCCCAAACCGAACCACGUGGUUUUCUUAGGGGGCCACACUCGGAGCCUUCGACCAGAAGGUCUGAUCCACAAGGCAGUGAGGCACCGUAAGGAGAUGCAGUCCCAUGGUAGCCGGUGACCAACGAUUGGUUCAUACGCCAUUUGUUCCUUCAGGAUACUGGAGCCCAUGUGCACCAUUGGUUUGGAAUCCGGUUAAAGGGCCGAACAUUCGCUUUUCGUCCUCUCAAUUUCGUGAACAACACCCCCGCCACGAGAGGGUAGUGAGUAGGACUUCCCUGGCAGAGGCUAUAUACGCGUGGCCAUGUGAGAGCAUUUCGAGAGGGGGGCUGGCCCACCCCACUCUUGGCCAUACCAGGGCAUUUGUGGGCAAAAUGUGCAAUGAAAAGAUGUUCGAGGAUUGUUAAAUUAAUAGAUGAAAGGCUUUAAUUGACUGGUGAUAUGUAAGUACACAGUAUGACUCAGUGAUAGCUGUUCAGGUGAUUGGAUUAUUGGGAUAAAACAUCUCUGCCCCGCUCGUGGAAGAUAAAGUAGCUAGCUACCCAGUGGAAUAGGUUUACUCUUUUAACAAAAUAACACGCUUAUAUACAGGGCAUUGGAUACAAGUAUCAAGAUAAUUAAAAGUCAUUGAACAGAUGAACAAUUAAAGGGUAUAACUAUUGUAGGACGUUUAUUUCUUUCAAUUGAAGUCCCUCUCCCUCAUAUAAAGGAAGUAAGGGGAAAUUGCAACACGAUCCCCAGUAACUUCUAUUUUGAGCCAUGUCUUAUAAUAUCUUAAAUCACUGUUGCACUGUAUCUAAGACCCUUACCAAGAAGUCGUGAAGGAUUGACAGAUGUCAUUCUUGUACAGCCUUCUUUCAUGCCACGACACCAUAUCAUAAACUGGUCACCCCUUCGCUUUUCACAGUUAGUCCUAGCGUGGGCAAAUAAUUCACGAUGUGGAAUUGACUAGAACGGCAUUGAUAGCAUAUGUCCAAGCCACUGAAGCCGGUAUUUUAAGGUGAUAACAAUAACUGGAUUAUUGUCACUGUGUGGUGCAUGCUAAUUAUGUCCACAGAUAUAAGUAGUAUGUAACGCCAAUCGGAAUUGGAGUGUUUACCAGCAGAAGAUUGAAUUGAAGAGGACAGGAAAGGCAACAGAGAGCAGUUGGAAUAACAGCAGAAAUGAAAGAAUCAUAAAGUUUGUAAAGGACAACGGAAGGAAGAUGUGGAAAUAAUGUUAUUUAAUGUAUAGUUUUCAUAUUUAGCGACAGCAAUCUGUAAUUUUACACUAAACAAUUGAUUGGUUUUCCCCAUCUGAAUUUUGUUCACUACAAGUGAACCUGGAAAAACUUUGGUGAACCUCUACAUUAAUAACAUGGAGUCACUCUCGAGUGCCAGCAAUCCUUCAGAUACAACCAUGAUUGAACACAAUGACUUGCCUAACAUCCUCAACUUUAAGACGCUGGUUUUCACAAACAUAGAGCAAACCUUCUCACAUCGACGCGUUGUAAACCCGAUCAGACUAACAUGUGACGUUUUGAAAGAUAGUCCAGAUUGUCAUAGACCAUUCUGGCUCUCACCAUACGUAAAUUGAUGAAUCGUUGGUAGUUACACUGCUGGUACCUAAUUACAGAUUGGAACUAGCUGUGUGUGUUUAUUUCACUCUGACCAACCGCAUAAUAUGACCAACCCUCAGUUGAAAUACAGACUUCCUAGUUGAGAUGAAGGAACUGGAAAGGAUUGUUCAGGAUAGGUGUCGCUGCCAACUAGGAACGGGGAAGGGUGCUGUUCUUCGGACCUGGAGCUUGGGUACUAGCUGGGGCGGUCUGGUGCGGGUAGGGUGACGUCAAGUGGAGUGUUCUGGCGGGACAGCGUCGGGUGUAGCUGGUGCUGUCGACGGAGGGGAGCAGUGAGACGUGUGGCUGCUAGGCGGACAUUGGAUGUGGAUGGUUCAGCAGGUCUCUGGAGUCCAGACGUUGAACGUCCCGUGUAUCGGGUGGAUAUCGGAUUUUGGUGUCCUUGCGGGUCGACAGAACUGUGGAGGUCAGCGCUCCACAGACUCGACAUUUUGGUGGAGGGCGUGACACAGACUGCAGAGAAGGAGAAAGUGGCACAACGAGCAGAACCACCGCAAGAACAACUUAUUUAAAGGGUGAACGUGUAUUGUGUGCUACUGGUUUCGAUAUAUAUUAGUAGUAUGCAUCAUUAGUCGAAAGUGAAAUUCCUGGCUACAGAAGGUUAAGAAGAUCGAAGAAAAGAGAACGAGAACAGAGAAUGAUUGGUGUGGAAACAAAGGGACAAUAAAGUCUGAGACAAUUGAUUGAUAUUUUGCAAAUGACGUAUUUACUAUAUGGUUUUCAGAUUUAACUAAGACGUUCUGUAAUUAUGUGUUUAACACCAUUUUGGUUGUCCCCACUUGUGUUCUCGUUCACAACGCAGGGUUGGAUGGAGAGUGCUGGUGGGCGGUCUAUGCUCCUCUACGAGAGGUAACAGACGUAAGUAAGUAAGUUAGUUGACAUGAGUCGACCAAUAUAGUUCUCUCUAUUGAGUAUUCCGUAGUGUAAUAAACGUAAGGUAUUGGAUAAACCGGUCAUUAUUAUUAUUAUUCUUAAGAUAUAACUAAUUAGUAUUCCGUUUCAUUUUUUUUCCAUUAAUUUCAGGAUAUGUGAAUAAUUUAGGCGAAGAAUCAACUACGGGGACAUCAUUAUCUGAGAAAACUCGGGUUAUGAAUCUCUUAAAGAAAUUUAAAGAACUGUUAACAAGUUAACAUUGACGUUGACGUUUUAUAUUUCAUAAUUUAAUUUCAUUA